UGGCGCCACGUUUGAAAGAUCGCGAGAUCGUUGGACGACGAGUGUGCGAUGAGAGGUUAUGUUUGUCAAAAAUAGAUCCCGCCAUUGAAGCUCAUCUCGUAGUUUUUAUUAUUCCUUUUCUCUUCUGUGCUCGGAUUUUGAAUGAAUACGACGAGGAUUCGCGCGAUCUCGAGCGAAGAAAUGAGAACGAUAAGUUGUCAUUAAAUAUAAAUUGUGAAAUUGCGACACAUCGCGCUCUUGCGAUAUAAGUGUGUUAAGAUUAUAAUAUAUGACAUUUCCGUAAACAAUAAUAAUGACGUUAUGUAAUAAUUCGGUUAUGGCUUACGGAAGGUUGCGGCCAAUUAGCGCGAAGGUCGGAGUUUCACGUAAGAUUCUCAACGUGCCGGCGAGUUCACCGCAACUAGUCAAAGUGAUCAAGAUAUAGAAUACUUAAUGAUGACUUGUCAUUAACAGGUUGUAGGUAAUAAUUUUUCCAAUAAUGCUAGUUAUGAAAAGAUGCCAUCGGCUUACUGGAAUUGUCAGUUUGCUGUCGCACAACGUCUACUUCAAGAAUCUCCAUCCAUGCAUAAAUAUUCGCACCUUAUCCAUGGUACAUAAUAAGUACAAGUGUAAUAUAUAUCUUAGUACACAAAAGACAGUCGACUCUUUUGUAGAAACAAGAAGUAUGUUAACUUGUUGCGAAUUAGUGGAUUUACAUCCGAAAAGAUGCUUAAGCAUUGCUGCAAAGCUAGUCAAUAACGCCUCACCGAAAAUACAGCCAUAUAUGAAACUCAUGAGACUAGAUAAGCCAAUAGGAAGCUGGUUGUUGUUUUGGCCUUGCGGGUGGAGCAUCGCGAUGGCUGCUCCGGCUGGUGCCUUACCCGAUCUCUCCAUGUUGGCACUUUUUGGCACGGGAGCGGUUUUAAUGCGCGGAGCUGGAUGCACCAUAAACGACAUGUGGGAUCAGAACUUGGAUAAGAUGGUAGCCAGAACAAGAAACAGACCUUUGGUAGUCGGUCAAGUGACUCAAAAACAAUCAUUAAUGUUCCUGAUAGGACAAUUGAGUCUGAGUUUAUGUAUUUUGUUACAAUUGAAUUGGUAUAGCAUAUUUCUUGGUGCUAGUUCACUAGGUUUAGUAGUAAUUUAUCCUCUUAUGAAAAGAGUCACGUACUGGCCCCAAUUGAUUCUGGGAAUGACCUUCAAUUGGGGAGCGUUAUUAGGAUGGUCCGCCGUGCGUGGAUCGUGCGACUGGUCCGUCUGCUUGCCUCUCUAUCUAGCUGGUAUUUGUUGGACUAUUGUAUACGAUACGAUCUAUGCUCAUCAAGACAGAAUGGACGACAUCAUGAUGGGCAUCAAGUCGACCGCCAUAAAAUUCGGUGACAACACGAAGCUUUACCUGUCCGGAUUUGGGACGGCGAUGAUCGCGAGUUUAAUCGCCUCCGGUGUAGUAAUCGCUCAAACGUGGCCUUAUUACACCGCGGUUGGAAUAAUCGCGAUGCACAUUAGCAGUCAGAUAUACACUUUGAACAUUAACAAUCCGACGGAUUGCGCGAAGAAGUUCGUGUCCAAUCACAGGAUAGGUAUGAUACUGUUUACCGGUAUCGUGUUAGGAAACCUGAUGAAGAAAUCGCUUACGGAAGAAGAGAGCGAAGCCAAAAUAGAAUCAAAGCGUCAAAUUGCUACACUAGAUACAAAUAAAAAUUAUUUAUAGUUAGACUCACAAGUAUAGAACUUUCAACUCUUUGAAGACGUUUAUAAAUGUGACAACGGAGUCACUUGGAUCGAGUAAUAGUGAAAACAAUGAAAGAAAAUUACAAUUUACUAUUAUUUUUACGAUCGGAUAAAGUAAAGAUCGAAUUAUUUAGAUUUUUUUUUUUUAUAUUUAUCAUAUAAUUUUUUGUUAUAAAUUUUUUUUGUUAUAUAAAGAAACAGUAUUAAUUGAUUUCGUCUUAUUUUUCUUGAGAAAGAAAAUUAAGAUCAACAAACAAAACCAGAUAAAAAAAGAUUCAAACAGUAUUUUGGUAUUGGAUUAAAUUAU